CCCAAGAGAUUAAACGAAAUUAAAUUACAUUUUUUAUUUCCUCAAAAGCGGUACGGUGCAUUAUAAUGGAUUUUAUACCAGAGAGCAUUGUGUUAAAACACAAUCCAGAAACACUUGAGGCUGUAAGGAAAAUAUAUGGGUUUGAAAAUGCUGGUGAUAUGCAUGAAGCUAUAGAUAAAUUAGAAGAUUGGAUUAGGAUGCAGACCCAUUUUGUAAAGAAGGAAUUCCCAAGGCAUCGCCUCGAAACAUUACUCAUCUCAACCAAAGGAUCGAUAGAACAAGCGAAAAGCCGAUUGGACAAGAUUUGUACAUUUAAGACGCUAAUGCCAAAGUACUAUCAAGACUUUAAUGUGAUAGAAGAUUUCAAAAAACUGAACAGUCAAACCGUUCGAGCAAUUCUACCAAAAAUGACUGAAGACCACAACAGAGUGAUAUUAUUAAAGUUGACGGGGCAUGAAUUUUCACACAAUAUUAUUGAAGAUAUGAAUUGUCUUGCAAUCACGUAUGCCGAGUAUUUGUAUUCACAUGAUUACAUUGACGGUUUCAUCUUCAUAGUCGAUUACACUGAAGCUGAUUUGUUUGAUUUAAGUACAAAAAUAAACCUGAUACAGUUGCGGCAUUCAACUGCUAUAUUAUUGGAGGCUUUUGGAGUCAGAGUCAAAGCGAUCCACUUGGUGUCGACUUCAAAAGUUGUCGAAACCCUUAUAAAGAUCUUCAGACAAGUUGUCAGCGAAAAAGUUGCGAAUCGGAUUGAGUGGCACAAGGACAUUGAAUCAUUGCGCGACCGUAUACCUGACGAUAUUCUACCUAUAGAGUAUGGAGGAAAAGGAAAAUCGUAUAAGGUUGUACAUGACGAAUGGCUUGAUCUUCUGAGCUCAGAAAAAGUCAGAGCUUUUUACAGGGACACACUGGAGGCUCGUACAGAUGAAAACCGCCGACAGAAGCAGGAUUUUCACAACCAAUAUCUCGGAAUGCCUGAAUCUGCUACUACCGAGAGGCCUAGCCACGUUCGAAUGCCCGCUGUCAGGAUAAACCGUCCUGCCUUGUACACCCGCGCCUCGCGUGAGAAAAAGUGAACACCACAGUAGUCAAAAGACCAUCUUUUAAGAAAAUAAAUAUUGGA